AAGUGUGACGAAAAAAAGGGGACAUAUUGUCACAAAAUGACGGUAAUAUGGAUGCCAAUGGAAUGUACUACUUCCAGCAGGGUGACCAAGGAUGAAAAGGGCAAUCGAUUCAGGAAAGGCCUUUCCUUUUACACUCGAGUCUUGGAGAACUGUGAAGAUGAGGCGCGAUUUGAUGAGACUUUUCGCUGGCCGAUCGCCAGUAACAUAGACGGGAACGAGAUGCUGGAAAUACAAGUGUUUAACUACAGCAAAGUCUUCACCAACAGACUCAUUGGGACCUUUCGAAUGGUUCUCCAAAAAGUGGUGGAGGAGGCUCAGCUGGAGGUGUCGGACACCCUGAUCGAUGACAACAACUCAGCAAUCCGUACCAGCGUCAGCAUCGAGAUUAGGUACCAGACCAUGGACGGUUCAGUGGGUGCCUGGAACGAUGGAGAAUUUUUGGACAAUCCCAUUAUGAGACAUGAAGUAGACAGCAACUUCCAUCUUGAGACGGACAGCUUGCUUUCUGGGCAGAGUCAUAACUCAGCCGUGUCCCCGGGAAGAUCCCACCAAAGCCUGCACUCGGGAGAGAGGGCCUUCAGAAGGGUCGGUAAAAGCGUUUUUUCCGCCAUGAAGCUCGGGAAGACUCGACCCCCAAAGGAUGACGGCAGGAAGCAAGAUGAACCAGCCGUCCUGGAGGCUGAAGAUCUGGACCGGAAAGCCAUACGGCUGGGGGGAGGAUUAGACCCCGACACUAUAUCUCUGGCCUCCGUCACAGCGGUCACAACCAAUGUUUCUAAUAAAAGGUCCAAGCCCGAUAUUAAAAUGGAGCCGAGUGCUGGGAGGCCGAUGGAUUACCAAGUCAGUAUCACAGUGGUUGAGGCACGGCAGCUGGUGGGUCUGAACAUGGAUCCCGUCGUCUGCGUGGAGGUCGGAGAAGAGAAGAAGUACACCUCAAUGAAAGAGUCAACCAACUGCCCCUACUACAAUGAGUACUUUGUAUUUGAUUUCCAUGUGCCUCCAGACGUGAUGUUCGACAAAAUCAUCAAGCUGUCGGUCAUCCAUUCCAAGAACCUGCUGCGCAGUGGCACCCUGGUUGGCUCCUUCAAGUUGGAUGUGGGGACGGUGUAUACUCAGCCGGAGCACCAGUUCUACCACAAGUGGGCGAUCCUCUCCGACCCUGAUGACAUCACCGCCGGGGUGAAAGGUUACCUCAAAUGUGACAUUGCUGUGGUCGGGAAAGGCGACAACAUAAAGACACCUCAUAAGUCAAAUGAGACCGAUGAGGACGACAUUGAGGGGAACCUGCUCCUUCCAGACGGGGUUCCUCCAGAGCGUCAGUGGGCCCGAUUCUAUAUCAAGAUCUACCGGGCCGAGGGUCUACCGCGAAUGAACACUAGCAUCAUGGCCAACGUGAAGAAAGCUCUGAUUGGAGAAAACAAAGACCUAGUAGAUCCCUAUGUUCAAGUCUCCUUCGCAGGGCAAAAGGGUAAGACGUCAGUACAGAAGAGCAGCUACGAGCCCAUGUGGAAUGAGCAGAUCAUAUUCACCGAGAUGUUUCCACCUCUGUGUAAAAGAAUGAAGAUCCAGAUCAGGGACUCGGACAAGGUGAACGAUGUGGCCAUCGGGACCCACUUCAUCGACCUGCGCAAGAUCUCCAACGAGGGCGACAAAGGAUUCCUCCCAACGCUAGGCCCGGCCUGGGUGAACAUGUACGGCUCCACCCGAAAUUACACUCUGAUGGAUGAACACCAGGAUCUGAACGAGGGGCUGGGAGAGGGGGUCUCCUUCCGUGCCCGCUUACUAUUGAGCCUCGCGGUGGAGAUUUUAGACACCAGUUCUCCCGAGCUCACCAGUUCUACGGAUGUGCAGGUUGAAGGAGCGCCCCCAGUGCCCGAUAACUGCACUGGAAAGAUGGAGGAGUUCUUUCUUUUCGGAGCUUUCUUGGAGGCCACCAUGAUCGAUCGCAAGAGCGGCGACAAACCGAUUAACUUCGAAGUCACAAUAGGUAACUAUGGUAACCAAGUUGACGGGACCACGAGGCCAAGUCUCAGGAGGAAGAAGGAGGGAGGUGACGGAAUGGAGGAGGAGACGGAACUAUUACAGAACUCCAGUGAGGAUGAAGCGGAUGAGGAUGGGGAGAUGCAGUCCGUGUCCUCCUCCCCAUCUAUGAAGCCCUUUAUAACAGACAGAAAUUACUUCCACUUGCCCUACUUCGACAAGAAGCCUUGUAUCUACAUCAAAAGCUGGUGGCAGGACCAGAGGAGGAGGCUGUACAACGCCAACAUCAUGGACAAGAUCGCCGACAAACUGGAAGAAGGUUUAAAUGACGUCCAUGAAAUGAUUAAGACAGAGAAGCCUUAUCCAGAGCGGAGGCUGCGGGGGGUUCUGGAGGAAAUGAGUAGCAGCUGCUUCCGUUUCGUCACCCUGGCCAACAAGGACCAGAAUACAAACAGUCGGACCAGACUCGACCGGGAGAGGCUGAAAUCUUGCAUGCGAGAACUGGAGAACAUGGGGACACAGGCCAAGACCAUGAGGUCCCAGGUGAAGAAAAAUACAGUGAAAGAUAAACUGAAGUUAGUCCAGAACUUUCUACAUAAGCUGCGAUUCCUGGCGGAUGAGCCCCAGCACAGUAUCCCUGAUGUCUUCAUAUGGAUGCUGAGCAAUAAUAAACGCAUCGCCUACGCCCGCAUCCCCUCCAAAGACAUCCUGUACUCCAUUGUGGAUGAGGAGACUGGGAAGGAUUGUGGGAAAGUCAAGUGUGUCUUCCUUAAGUUGCCUGGUAAGCGAGGCUUCGGCCCAGCUGGUUGGACAGUACAAGCCAAGAUGGAGGUCUACAUGUGGCUGGGACUAAACAAACAGAGGAAGGAUUUCUUGUGUGGUAUUCCAAGUGGUUUUGAAGAGAUUAAAGCGAUUAGGGGACCGGGAUUACAAAGCUUCCCUCCUAUCAGCCUCAGCUAUACAAAGAAGCAGGUGUUCCAGUUGCGGGCGCACAUGUACCAGGCCCGCAGUUUAUUCGCCGCCGAUAGCAGUGGCCUUUCUGACCCUUUUGCCCGAGUUUUUUUCAACACCCAGAGCCAGUGCACAGAGGUGCUCAAUGAGACUCUGUGUCCAACGUGGGACCAGUUACUGGUGUUUGAUAACAUAGAACUCUACGGAGAAGCAAAUGAGAUGAGAGAUGACCCUCCCAUUAUAGUGAUUGAGAUCUAUGAUCAGGACACUGUGGGCAAAGCUGACUUCAUGGGCAGGACGUUUGCUAAACCAGUAGUAAAGAUGGCCGAUGAAAGGUAUUGUCCUCCACGGUUCCCACCACAAUUGGAAUAUUACCAGAUAUAUCGUGGAAACUCAACUGCUGGAGAUCUAUUGGCGGCCUUCGAGCUACUCCAGAUUGGUCCUGCUGGUAAAUCCGACCUCCCAGCCAUUGAUGGACCCACAGACAUGGAGAGAGGACCCAUUCUUCCAGUCCCAUUGGGCAUCCGACCCGUUCUGAGUAAAUACAGAGUAGAGAUCCUUUUCUGGGGCCUCCGAGACCUCAAGAGAGUCAACCUUGCCCAAGUGGACAGACCAAGGGUGGACAUUGAAUGUGCCGGAAAAGGUGUGCAGUCAGCCGUCAUCCAGAACUACAAGAAGAACCCAAACUUUAGCACUUUAGUGAAAUGGUUUGAAGUGGACCUCCCUGAGAACGAGCUUCUUCAUCCUCCCCUGAAUGUUCGGGUGGUGGACUGCCGGGCGUUUGGCAGAUAUACCCUGGUUGGGUCUCAUGCGGUCAGCUCAUUGCGCAAAUUUAUCUAUCGACCCCCAGAUAAGAAGGCUCAGCAUUGGAAUACAACAGCUAAAUUGAUGAAUGGCUAUAUGGCAAUGGCAAACGGAGGGCACUACUCUCGCCCCACAGGUGAAAUUGUGGUCAACAUGGAACCCGAGGUGCCUAUCAAGAAAAUGGAGACUAUGGUGAAACUAGAGGCGAAUUCUGAUGCAGUGGUUAAGGUCGAUGUGAAUGAGGAAGACAAGGAGAAGAAGAAGAAAAAGAAGAAAGGAGAUGAGAUUGAGGAGGAGGAGCCUGAUGAGAGCAUGCUGGACUGGUGGUCUAAGUAUUUCGCCUCCAUCGAGACCCUGAAAGAGCAACUCCGCCAGCAGGAGGCAGCAGCAGCGGAAGCCGAAGAGAAGGAGGAGAUGGAGAUCGCGGAGGAGAUCAAAAUUGAUGAAUCUCCCAUGAAAGGCUCAAAGGGACAGGCGAAGAACAAGGAAAAGGUGAAAGCGCCAAAAGAGGACAAGAAGAAGAAGCAGCAAGCCGAGCUAGCGGAUAAGAAGAACAAGCAGAAGAUCGACGAGUUAAAGGUGUUCAACAAGGAACUAGAAACAGAGUUUGACAACUUCGAGGACUGGCUGCACACCUUCAACUUAUUACGAGGGAAGAUCGGGGAUGACGAUGACACUGUCAGCGAGGAGGAGCGGAUAGUCGGGAGGUUCAAGGGCUCUAUGUGUGUAUACAAAGUACCGCUACCUGAUGACAUCACAAAGGAAGCUGGAUAUGACCCCAACUUUGGCAUGUUCCAAGGCAUACCCAACAAUGACCCCAUAAAUGUACUGGUGCGGGUGUAUGUAGUCAGGGCCACAGAUCUACAUCCCGCUGAUAUCAAUGGGAAGGCCGAUCCUUAUGUCGUCAUCAGACUGGGGAAAACCGAAAUCAAAGACAAAGAGAAUUACAUUUCCAAACAGCUGAACCCUGUGUUCGGAAAGUCAUUUGAUAUUGAGGCCACUUUUCCUAUGGAGUCCAUGCUGACCGUCUCCGUAUACGACUGGGACCUGGUCGGAACUGAUGACUUAAUCGGAGAAACCAAGAUUGAUCUGGAGAAUAGAUAUUACAGCAAACACAGAGCUACAUGCGGGGUCUCACAGACGUAUGCCAUACAUGGUUAUAAUAUGUGGAGAGAUCCCAUGAAGCCGACACAAAUCCUGUCCAAACUCUGCAAAGAAGGGAAGGUCGACGGUCCACAUUUUGGUCCAGGAGGACGAGUCAAAGUCAUGAAUCGAGUGUUCACCGGCCCCACAGAAAUCGAAGAUGAAAACGGUCAGAAGAAGCAGACUGACGAACAUUUAGCCCUCUCUGUUCUCCACCACUGGGAGGAGAUCCCCCGAGUUGGUUGUAAGUUGAUUCCAGAACAUGUUGAGACUCGGCCACUCCUAAAUCCAGACAAACCAGGGAUUGAACAGGGUCGUUUAGAAAUGUGGGUGGACAUGUUCCCGAUGGACAUGCCUGCCCCAGGUCCUGCCAUCGAUAUUUCUCCAAGGAAGCCAAAAAGAUACGAGCUUAGAGUGAUAAUAUGGAAUACUGAUGAGGUAAUACUGGAAGAUGAUGAUUACUUCACAGGAGAAAAGUCUAGUGACAUUUUUGUCAGGGGGUGGCUGAAGGGUCAGCAGGAAGAUAAACAAGACACCGACGUCCAUUACCAUUCUCUGACUGGGGAGGGAAAUUUCAACUGGAGGUUUCUCUUUCCCUUUGACUAUUUGAUGGCCGAAGAGAAGAUUGUCAUCUCCAAGAAGGAGUCCAUGUUCUCUUGGGAUGAGACCGAAUACAAGAUCCCGGCCCGUCUCACCCUCCAGGUCUGGGAUGCCGAUCACUUCUCGGCUGAUGACUUCCUCGGUGCAAUCGAGCUAGACCUGAACCGUUUUCCUAGAGGAGCAAAGACCGCCAAGCAGUGCUCCAUAGACAUGGCGGCCCCAGAGGUUGACUUGCCAAUGGUCUCAAUCUUCAAACAGAAGAGGGUGAAAGGAUGGUGGCCGUUUGUUGCUCGGAACGAAAAUGAUGAGAUGGAGCUCACUGGUAAAGUAGAAGCAGAACUUCACCUCCUGACAGCAGAAGAAGCCGAGAAAACUCCUGCUGGACUGGGUCGGAAUGAACCCGAUCCUCUUGAAAAACCAAAUCGGCCCGACACUUCUUUCAUCUGGUUCCUCAACCCGCUUAAAUCCAUCAAGUACCUCAUCUGUAACCGAUACAAGUGGCUCAUCAUUAAGAUUGUCCUGGCGUUGCUACUGUUGGCCAUGGUGGCGCUCUUCCUGUAUAGCAUGCCAGGCUACAUGGUCAAGAAACUGCUUGGGGCAUGAAGAAAUGUCUGGAGGAAUAGACUUGGCAGUGCCUACCCUUACUCAAGAAGAUGUCUGUUCUUUCCAUUAUAGACUGUCUACUAUCGUGAGGGAGUUUCAACACAAAAUGUUUUGCUCUGUGUGAAUUAUUUUAGCGUUUCUACUGAGAAGCCGGAGGGGGAAAGCCAGAAGAUUCAAACUAAGGGUCAAUGAGGAACCUUGUGGUUGUGUUUCCCUAUAGACGUACACUCCUUCUAGCUGAUGACAUGGAUGCUCUAUUUCUAGGGAGGUUUAUCUAGGGAGAUGUUUGCUAUAGAUCAAUCUGUGCAACUACAUUUUUUUGUGUGUGUUGACGCGUUUUGCCCCAUGCAAACUGUUCUGCAUGCUCUAUAUGUUAUCCAGCUGUGGUAUUAAAGGGAACCGGUCACCAGGACAGGCCUCUUCACCUUUACUACAUGUUACCAGGCCCCAGUAAUGAUGAACCAAGAGGUCCCCUUGAUGAGUACUUGAACAUACUGUAGACUGACUUCUCUUCUGCGAUUUAUAAGGAAGAGGGGUCCUGAGUUUUAGGAAACAAGAACAGCCUUACCAGGGGUGGUGGUGCUUCUUUCCUCUUGACCCAGAUGGUGGGCCAUAGAUCUGGGCAACCUUCAGAUAUCUUAAUUCAAAGUGAGACUCUCCGGGUGAGAGGUUUCUAUCUAAAAGUCUAAAAAUACCCAAUGUUGACUUCCAUAGAUCAAUCUAAAGUAGGCUAAUGCCCAUGUAGUCUUCAAGACUUUGACACAAAAUUGAAAAUAGGUUUAAGCCAAUUGUUUCAACCAGUCGAAAAGACAACAAUGGGCAGAUCUUCACCAAAACCAAAUCACCAAGUGGGCAAACUGCCCCAUUAUAUAACAGAGGGGCAAAUAACAAAAAAACACAUACCCAACGGGCAAAAUUUGAAUAGUUGGAAUAUUUGGAGACCAGUUUGGGGGCAGUAGUUAACAGAUCUCUAUUACAUAUGAUCUUCCACGUAGGAGAGCGACCUUGGUGGGUACAGAAUAAUUCUGGGGUCUCGCUUUUCUACAGAACAAAACGCGUUUCUCCAGAAACAGCAGUUUUUGCCUUAUUGCUACAAAGUCCAAAACUUAAACUCACGGACGCAGAGAACAAAGGAUCUAUUUUCAAAUAAUCUAACUUAUUUUGGGGAUAGAAAAACAAUAUAAAAGUUUAGCACAAUAUUAGAAAAUUAUCAGUCAGAAAAAUUUAGAAGAAAAAAAAAAGUUUCAAAAACUAGUUUGGAUGAAUUUGUAUUUUCCUACAAUAAUAAUUUAUUUCUCCAUUAAAUAAAGAGAAUUUUAUAUAAAUUAAUACAUUUAUAACCGGGCUUCAAGCCUACUGAUCUUCCAAGAAUGAAACUGCAUUACAGGAAUUUCAUUCACUCGUAGUUCUGAAGUUAUUACUAUUUUAGUGCUGUUGCGUUUCAGUUUUUAGAAUUUAUUUUUUAUUUUUUACGUUUUAGACCCUCUACAGCCUAAAUAGAGAAGCAUAAUAGAAAUAUACUAGUUCAAAGAGCCAACUGGAACACAAAAAAAAAAGUCUGAAUACAUUAACAUCACGAAAUCUAAGAACGUGUUCAUACAACAUGUUUCACGCACUUUAGUUUUUUGAGGGAAACCAAAAAGAAUUUUGUAAGAGAUGGCAAAGAAGUCGUGAGUAAACCCUACUUAGCCUGUCCUUAAGUAAAAAGAUUCCUCUUAUGGGCUACAGUUUAUUACCCCUACAUCAUCCCACGCAUUUUAGUAAAUUUCCAUUGACUUUUAUGGGAUGUGAAGUUGAGACAGUGGCUGAGAUGUGACAAAAGCCGCUUCCGGAUAAAACCCUCUGAGGCCAUGCCACAUGUCUGAGUGAGUCCAGUUUCCCGUGUGACUCCAUUUCAUUUCUAUGGUGAGCUGCAUCUGGUUGCGACAUGUUUCACGUCCCAUUUCCCAAGUAGCUGUCUAGCUGUAGCCUAGUUAUAGGAAGGGUUGUAACAUGUUUACAUUUCCCAUAACACACUUUUUUAUGUCUAAUUUUGGCCCCAGAAAGACAAAGUUGCUGCGGUGACGAUUGGCGGAGCCGAUACCAUAUAUAAAACACAAUAUAAACCGAUGCAAUAAACCAUUGACUAGAUGAACCACCAAUCCAGACCAAAGCACAAGGACCGGGCGACUGUUGCCACCAUUAACCGAUGCAGCCCCAGUUUGCUUUUGAUGUGUGACCGUUACAUCAUUAACUCCGCCCCCAUGUUAUAGAAAUAUUGGUUUUAGUCCACGUUUUGUCCCCUCCCCCUCCUUCGUUGUAGGGAAUGGUUUCCUGCUUUGCACUAAUUUGAGUUGUGAACUUUGUAAAGAAUUUUAUUUAUAAGUUUUGCUGAGUGAAUUAUAAUUUGUUUUUCUGUUUUUUGUUUUUUUCUUCCUGUUUUGUCUCUUUUUGUGUUUGUUGUUUUACUGUUUGUUACAAUAAACUUAUGAAUCGG